CACCAGAUCCAGUCUCACAUGGGACGCCUGGAGACGGCAGACAAGCAGUCUGUGCACUUAGUAGAAAACGAAAUCCAAGCAAGCAUAGACCAGAUAUUCAGCCAGCUAGAACGCCUGGAGAUUUUGUCCAGCAAGGAGCCCCCCAACAAAAGACAGAAUGCCAAACUUCGUGUUGACCAGUUAAAGUAUGAUGUCCAGCACCUGCAGACUGCUCUCAGAAACUUCCAGCAUCGGCGAUAUGCAAGGGAGCAGCAGGAGAGACAGCGAGAGGAGCUUCUGUCUCGCACCUUCACCCCCAACGACUCUGACACCACCAUACCAAUGGAUGAAUCACUGCAGUUUAACUCCUCCCUCCAGAACAUUCACCACGGCAUGGAUGACCUCAUUGGAGGCGGGCACAGUAUUCUGGAGGGACUGAGGGCCCAGAGAAUGACCUUGAAGGGGACUCAGAAGAGGAUCCUUGACAUUGCCAACAUGCUGGGCUUGUCCAACACGGUGAUGCGGCUCAUCGAGAAGCGGGCUUUCCAGGACAAGUACUUUAUGAUUGACCUGGGCACCGGAAGAUCUUGCCAGACAGUGCACUUUGGAGGAAGGUGCAAAAGGAGCAGCUAAGCCAUUUGAACUUGAACUCUGGGUGAGCAAAACUCGCUUGCCCCCCCCCCCCCCCCCAUUGGCUGAUGUGACAUCUGUUUGUAGUAUGCACCACUGUUUCCACACUUGCCUUUAUAGUGAUCGUUAGCCUUGAUGAACCAGCAGUAAGGCCUUCCCCGACCUUCAGAGCCAUUCUCCCUACUCUGUAAUAAAAAUUGUGGAGGCAUUUUGUGGGUCUUCCGUUCUGGCUAGGGAACUGUAGCUACAGCGUGUCUGUGAGAAAUGCACGCACUCUUCUGUCUCCACAAUCCCAUGUAAGCAUGUAGGGAAGGGCCCAAGGCCAGGACAGGAGCACCACCUAGUGGAGUCAGGGUGAAUUACCAGGUUGAGCUGGUGCAAGAAUCUCCAGUUGACAGUCUCUGUGACCUUGUCCGGGCUUUUGGUAAAAGGUUUGCCUGUUGUGGUUUAAGACAAGUGGGUUGUCAAGAAACUUGGAAAUAUCUUCUUUCUGUGGCAUUUACUCGUGUGACCACCUUAAGAAAAGCCAAAUUCGAAGACCAAAUAAAUUGGAGAGUCUUGACUUUUAUAGGCUUCAUUGCUGGGAUUUUUCCUAAGUCCUCGGCCCUAAUGAACUUAAAUGGGUUUUAUUUGCAAAUUUGGACUUAAACCCAUUGUUUUUUAAACACAUCAGUUGAAUAAAAUUGAGAUUUAUUUUAUUUAGAAUGUUACGUUUUGUAAAACUUGACAUUCAUUGUAACUAAUCUCCUUUUUAUUUAUUUUUAUUGAUUUUAGAGAGGAAGGAAGAGGGAGAGAGAGAGAGAAACAUUAAUGAUGAGAGAGAAGCAUUGAUUGGCUGCCUCUCUCACACACCCGACUGGGGAUAUCGAACCCACAACCCAGGCACAUGCCCUGCUGGGAAUCAAACCCUGACCUCCUGGUUCAUAGGUGGACCUGGUUCAAAGCCAGGCUAAUGAUCCCCUUUUUGAUGUUUUCAGGCCAGACAUUCUCAGACAUUGCUCCAUGGCUAGGGGCGGGUCUGGCUGCUUCAGAAGCAGCUGGGAAACUUUUAAUUAUGAUUCUUGGGGCUCUACCCCAAACCUUCUGAAUUAGAAUAUUUGUGUUAAUCAAAGGUGAUAGCAUUUGCAAAUGUAUGCUGAACUAGUUCAGCGUAUAUGCCUGAAGAACAAAACUUAUAAAGUCCCCAGUAAGCCAUACUUGUUUACAUCCUAUCUCAGAAAAGAUUCAAGGAGAAUAAUAGGAAUUAACGAAAGCAGUGAAAUAUAAAGAAACGAUCAAGAACAAAUCAGAGUAGAAUGUCAAUACCAAGGAAAAGACUCAAUUUAAAUCAUGAAGCCCUACUGAAGUGCUCUGGGGAAUCCCUCAUUUGUCUGUAAGCCCCCAAAGCCAAAGCAAAGAGAAGCAUGACUUGUUAGUGUCUAAAUGGGGGGUGGUAAGGAUGGGAUGUCUUAUUUGCUCGGGGGGCACCCAGACCUUUAAUACUGCUAGCUUGCCUGGAGCCCUUACUGGAAGUCAGCCAUGGUUAUUUUCCUGGGCAGCUCCUCUGAUCUUCACCAACCCUCUGAGUUAGGGCCUCUAUUGUCCCCAUUGUGCAUAUGAGGAGGCUGGGCUUUAGUGACUCCCACAGCCCCGGCGAGGAGUCCUGGAGGAGCUGGCCUCUCUUCUCUAUGGUUUCAUAGCCCAAGCUCAUGAUCACUGCACUGACCUGACUCCUGUGCUCAGUAUGAGAUGCAGGAAUCAAGGCAGCCUGCCAGGAUUGGGUAGAGGGCUAUAAGGCAUUUAUUGCAUCUUAUAUGGCAGGUUCUCUGUCCUAAAAUAUUUUCCUAAUUGAAAGGGAAGAGGCUGUUUGGCCAGGAAUUUCUGGGAAUGGAGAAUGGAAGCUGUACUCAGGCCCUGCCACCAGAGAGCGACAUAACCCUACUCGUUGGUCUGCCCAGAACCCUGUGUCUUAGGCCUGGUGUUGGAAGAGGAAACAAUUGCAGGUUUGGUUCGUUCUUUUUAGUUCUAAAGCUCCUCCCUUUUUUUGUGUCCUUUCAUUUUAUAUGGCACAUGGGAGAAGAGGGAAACGGGAUGGGGUGGGGGAGUCUGGCAGGUCCUUGGCCCCCCAAGUGCAGUUGGUAAGUCCCAGGCCAUAGGGCCUCUGCAGGCCCUCCCCACUUCAUCCCUAUUCCUCUAGUACAGAUUCUCAACCUUGGUUCUACAUUGGGCCCAGCAGGGAAGCCCUCCCAUCUCCUCCGUAUCCAGCUGCCAGAGCCCUGGCAUGUGCCUGGCACCAUGUUAGCUGUUUCGGGGCAGAUGGUUGGAAGCCACCUCUGCCCUCUGCACUGGGCAUAGUUACAGAGGCAGCAGUGAAAGCCCUGGACCCAGGAUGCAGACACUUGGCUUCAAGUCCCAGCCAGCCCUGCUGGUGGCAACAUCUUUCUCCUGAGCCUCAUCUUUCUCUUAGAAUAAGGUAACAGCUGUCCCGCAUCCCCUCUCUGGUGGACAGGGGCCCAGAAGACUGAGUGUUGGAGGCAGACUCUAGAGGUCUGCAGCAAGGAGUCUCAGCCAUGGCCUCGUGGCGAUCACGGAGAGCUUAACCAGUCCCCCUUCUGGGGCUUGUCCCCAGAGGCUUUGAGCUACUUGAUCUCAGGUGUGGCCGAGGUUUCAGGAAUUUUUUUUUCUUCUAACUUUCCAAGAGAUUCCCCUGUGCUGUGAAGGUUGAGAACCACUGCCUAAAGUGCCCUCCGGGUGUGAUGGGUUUUUAUUCCUGUUUAACUGGAAAGGCAAGAACUGUUUGCUUGGACAGAGGAACAGAAUCUCCAAGGCUGAGGGACAAGAGUCUAGAGUGGCUGUGGCUGUGGCAAUGGGGGCAUUAACGAGGAGGGGCUUUCUGGAAGAGCCAGGUGAUCUGGACAAUUGAAGGAGAGGAAGAGUUGGAGAAGGGGGAGGGUGCAGCCUGGGGGAAUUAAUAAACUCUAGUCAGCCUUUAUCUACCAAAGGGCCAUGAGGGAGGGCUGGUUCAGUCCAUAAGAGAUGGUUGCUGCUCAGGCCCAAGAAGCCUGAAAUGGAGCUGAAUCCUUAGUGGCUGUAACUUGGAGACAGACAGUGGUGGGCUGUGCAGAAGGGAGGAAGUUUCCCCCCUUAUUUUCCUUUGCAGCCCAGGCAAUGGGCCCCACAUCCUUUCAUCCAAGACAGCAUGGGCAGAGCCCACCCUCUGGCCCCACUCACUUGGCACCUUUCAGCAUGCUUUGCUAAGUUUCUCAUGCCCAGAGCAUAUGUGGGGACAGAGGUGAGGGGUCAGGGAGUGGGGACCUUUGUAGGAGGGGACAGAAAUCACCACUGUCCCUCAGACCUCUCAAUGUUGUGAAUAUCUAAAGAUAAGACCCUGAAUGCUCCUGGAUGUUGUCCAAGUUCUUGUUGCUGUUGCCUGGGUGGGCGUAAACUCAGUGUCCAUGGUGAUUGCUUUCAGGAAACCAUUUUUUCCCUCCCCCUCCUUUACCCCUGCAGCAGAGGGCAGCCUGAGAGACCCUUGGAAGGCAGCCCCCAGAGCAGAAUUCCAGAACGGGAGCCAUGGCCACCCCCUCCACGAGAAAGCAUCUUGGAAUAAGUUUUCUGAGGCCACCCAUUUGGAGAGACCAGCACUUGGUUAAAGAUGUAGAGGCCUAGGAUAUUCACUUAAGGGGGGUGGGAGGAGCUCAACUCCAGUUGUGUACCCUUUUAACAUAAAAUAGCAAUUUAAUAAUUAGAUGAGAUUUCAUGGAGUAAUGAUAGGUGGCAAGGCAGUAGGGUAGAUACCAGAGACUGCAUUCAGGGGCAGAGAGCUUAUCCAGCCCAUGGGAGUGGUGACAGCGCCUCCUGGAGGAGGGUGGACCUGAGUCCAGUAGUGGAUGGACUAGGGGACCUGAGGGUGGCACUGCCAUGUCCCUGGGGAAUCAAGGAGAGGAACUGGUGUGAAGUGGAGUGUGAGCUCGGUUGGGGGUGGCCUGAGGAAAGAGGAAGUAUUGGAUGGGAAGCCGGAGAGCGGUAAUGGAGGAGGUCCAGGAGACCCUGACCUGAGGGCAGAUGUCAGGAUCUUUAGCUGCCAUCCUGAAACCAGAAGUUCCUGGAGGGAUCCCUGCUCAUGCCUGGACUCUGGACCCAGGAGCCCCUGCCCAGGAAGGGGAUGUGGCUCCUAAACCAGCCUCCCCUCCCAAGUCUGGUUUCAAGCCUCCUGGUGUAAGUGCAGGAGGAAGGUGUGCAGUCUCCCAGGAGCACCCAGCCACCUGGACUCUGCAGACAUGGUGAAACCACCCAGUAGGUGUGGGGCUAGCACUGCCACCUAUGCUGAGACACCCCCCGCCACACACACACUCAUUUUCUUGCUGUUGACAUGAAUGAGACCCAGUGGAGAAGCUCUGAACUGGGAGGACCUGAAUGAUUGGAAUCCAGCAGGCCCACAUGCAGCAGAGCAAAUCACUUACCUCUCCAAGCCUCUGCUCUCCUAUCUUCUAGGGAUAAAUGAUGCCAUCUCACAGGAUGGCUGAGAGCCAGUGAACACUGCAGUGUAAAGUGCUUAGUGCACAGCCUGGGACGUAAAAGAUGGCAGCUGAAGUUUUCUCAUUAAUUAGCAUUGCAUGAGGCCUGGGUCUCAUCCCUUCUUAUUCAUCUGAUGUGGUUGUUAGUCAAGGACUAGCCAGCAUUCAUUCACUAGUUAGACUUUAUUUGUGAACAGGUGCAGUGUCGUGGACAUAAUACCGAGUUUGGCAUCAGAAGACCUGAAUUCAAAUCCCCACUUUAUUAUUUACUACCACUUGCUCCCUCCCUCUCGCUUAGCCUCAGUGUCCUCAUGUGAAAUGGGGGUGGUGUUAGAGACCUCCUUUGCAGAGCUGUUGUGAGGGUAAAACGAUCAAGUAUGUGGAUCAGUGAGGAUGCUCUGGGCUGCAGGUACCAGCUACCCCUUCUCCAAGGAGCUUGAGCAGUAAGAACUCAGGGAGCUUGGGCAGGCAGCAGGGUUGCUUGGUUCAGGGCUCAGUGCCCUUCGUCUUCCGGGGCAGGCUUGUAACUGCCCAGGUUCCCUCAGAGCAGUGGAACUCUGAGAAGGGGUUCAGUGGGUGCCAUACUCUAAAUAUUUUGGAUUUGGGAAACUAAAAAAUGGUCUAACUCGAUUUUGAUAGGCAAUUUGACCAGUGAAUGUUUUUACUAGUAGUAGCAGAGUUCGUGUGUUUUGAGCGCUAUUUCAUAUUGCUUGCCAGGCAUUUUCCUUUCUUAUUGGAUGUAGUGUUAAGUUGUUGGAUGCUUUAUUUUUCUAGAUUAAUGACUGUGUUGAGCCAAGGUGGGAGGGGGACGUUUUCCCAUACCACUGAAAGGGGCUAUUCACUUGGUUUCAGACGCUCUUUCCCAGAAUGAACUGCUGACCCUGGAGUCAUCUCUGAUUCAGUGGUAGCCCCUGUCAUAGAGUGCUGAACUAAGAAUCAGACAUGGAACCCUGGCCGGGUGGCUCAUUUGGUUGGAGCAUAGUCCUGUGCACCUAGGGGUUGCAGGUUCGAUUUCUGGUCAGGGCACAUACCUAAGUUGCAGGCUUGAUCCCCAGUCUGGGCAUGUACGGGAGGUAACCUAUCGAUGUUUCUCUCUCAUAUUCAUGUUUCUGUCUGUCUCUCAAGUCAACAAACAUAUCCUUGGGUGAGGAUUUUUUUUUAAAAAAAAGAAUCAGACAUGGAUACUGAGAAUUUCGAAGAAAUAGCAACAUUUCCCCUCCCCUCCGCCCUAACUGGUGUAUUUUAUAGGUCAGCUACUUGUCUUGGAAGCAGUAUGGCCAAGGGGGGAAGAAUGUCUUGCAGGUUUUAGCUUUGAGGAGGAGUUCCGAUUGCUAGGCUAGACUGGUCCUUCUGAAUUUUCUGGGAUGCCAGGCCCUGUGGCUUUCUUGGGAAGCUCUGCAGCAUGCCCCUAGCCCCCACCUUCCUUAAAACCCCCCAUCCCACCAUCCAUGGGCUUCUGGACUCUGGGGCCACCCAGGGGUGCAACCCAAAUCCUGCCUCACUGUGAGCGGGGAGGGGACGUCCAGUCGGAGGUAGUUGUCUUUUCUGCAGGGGAAAAGAUCCACUUGGUCCCUGGUGAUUCUGGGAACAACAAAAAAAGGCUCGCUCUUGUGCAGUCCCUCUCAGCCCAAGAGUAAUAAAGGUUGCCUAAAUAAAGAUUGAAACCCAAGGUGGGGGGAGGCUUGCUUGGUUGCUAAGGGGUCGAUGCAUGACAUGGCUGCAUUUGUGACAUGGCUGCCAAUUGUUGGACUCCCACUCAGCACAUGGUGCCGGCACCCACCUUGCCUGGGUCACUUGCUAUGCCCGGACCUCUGCCUCUCGUGCCCGGGCUGUACAUGUGGGCACCACGGCUCCUGUUCACAUGGAAGCUGUUGUGGCUAUAGGUCCAGGUAGCUCAGCCUCUGGAGUUGGCCCUGCACUCUGUCCUGGUGACCUCCACCCCGCGGGGGCCCACCGAGCCUGGCCUUGGGAUCAGCAAAAGCCUUGUGAAGAGGUUGAACUUGCAUCAUUCCAACAGGAAGCCUCAGCCCUGCCUACAGAGGCCGCUGAGAAAAUGGAACCAUCUCCGAACGCUCAGGAGGCUUCAGCUCAGCUUCCACUCCAACGAGAGGCCUCAGCUCUGUCUAUAUGUCCUUUGAGCCGUUGAAAUUUUUGUUAGUCCACGAGGGAGUUCUAGCUAGGCAUCCACCCUACGUUGAAUAUGUACAGUAUUCAAUCCAGCAGAAGAACUCAGCUCUGCCUCACGUGCUUCUGGCCCGGGUUGUCGCUGUGACCCACUUGCCUGGGUCCCUUGCUGUGCCCGGGACCUCUGCCUCUCGUGCCCGGGCUGUACAUGUGGGCACCACGGCUCCUGUUCACAUGGAAGCUGUUGUGGCUAUAGGUCCAGGUAGCUCAGCCUCUGGAGUUGGCCCUGCACUCUGUCCUGGUGACCUCCACCCCGCGGGGCCCCACCAAGCCUGGCCUUGGGAUCAGCAAAAGCCUUGUGAAGAGGUUGAACUUGCAUCAUUCCAACAGGAAGCCUCAGCCCUGCCUACAGAGGCCCCUGAGAAAAUGGAACCGUCUCCGAACGCUCAGGAGGCUUCAGCUCAGCUUCCACUCCAACGAGAGGCCUCAGCUCCGUCUAUAUGUCCUUUGAGCUGUUGAAAUUUUUGUUAGUCCACGAGGGAGUUCUAGCUAGGCAUCCACCCUACGUUGAAUAUGUACAAUAUUCAAUCCAGUGAAGCGCUCAGCUCUGCCUCACAUGCCUCUUGCUGGUGUACAACCUUCUCUAGUCCAGCUGAAGGGUUGAGCUCAGUCUCCAAAAUCCUUGAUAGGUGUCAUAGCUCAACCUUCAGCACAUCAUGAGGUGAUAGUCUCUCCUUUAGAUUCGGGUGAAGCUCAGCAUCCGGUGUUGCCUCUCAGUGUGAAAUGUGGGCCUGGGGGUUUUGAUAACUUCAGAGCUCCCUGAGAACAUUGAACUACCUGCAACUGAGAAGGAAGUCUCAGCUCAUCCUCCAGAGUCCACUGAAGAGGUCAAACCUCCAUCCCAGCCAGAGAUCCCAGCUCAGCCUACUGGAGAGGUUGAUACAGCCCUGCAGCAGACGGCAGCUCCUCCAAAUCACCCUCAGGUGACAUUUCCAUGUCCAGAGUCUAUUCAGGCUCAGCAGCCCACCUUGACUGAAGUCCCAGUUCAAUCUUCAAACAUGGAGAUCAUCAUAACUCCAGACCUACCCUCAAUAUGUUGAAUUUUCAGUCCAGCAGAAGAGCUCAGCUCUGCCUCACAUGCUUCUGGCCCGGGUUGUCGCUGUGACCCACUUGCCUGGGUCCCUUGCUGUGCCCGGACCUCUGCCUCUCGUGCCCGGGCUGUACAUGUGGGCACCACGGCUCCUGUUCACAUGGAAGCUGUUGUGGCUAUAGGUCCAGGUAGCUCAGCCUCUGGAGUUGGCCCUGCACUCUGUCCUGGUGACCUCCACCCCCUGCGGGCCCACCGAGCCUGGCCUUGGGAUCAGCAAAAGCCUUGUGAAGAGGUUGAACUUGCAUCAUUCCAACAGGAAGCCUCAGCUCUGCCUACAGAGGCCCCUGAGAAAAUGGAACCGUCUCCGAACGCUCAGGAGGCUUCAGCUCAGCUUCCACUCCAACGAGAGGCCUCAGCUCUGUCUAUAUGUCCUUUGAGCCGUUGAAAUUUUUGUUAGUCCACGAGGGAGUUCUAGCUAGGCAUCCACCCUACGUUGAAUAUGUACAGUAUUCAAUCCAGCAGAAGAACUCAGCUCUGCCUCACGUGCUUCUGGCCCGGGUUGUCGCUGUGACCCACUUGCCUGGGUCCCUUGCUGUGCCCGGACCUCUGCCUCUCGUGCCCGGGCUGUACAUGUGGGCACCACGGCUCCUGUUCACAUGGAAGCUGUUGUGGCUAUAGGUCCAGGUAGCUCAGCCUCUGGAGUUGGCCCUGCACUCUGUCCUGGUGACCUCCACCCCCUGGGGGCCCACCGAGCCUGGCCUUGGGAUCAGCAAAAGCUUUGUGAAGAGGUUGAACUUGCAUCCUUCCAACAGGAAGCCUCAGCCCUGCCUACAGAGGCCCCUGAGAAAAUGGAACCGUCUCUGAACGCUCAGGAGGCCUCAGCUCAGCUUCCCGAGGCCCCAACUCCUUCUACAGCAUCCUCUGAGCCAUUGAAAUUUUUGUUAGUCCACUAGGGAGUUCCAGAUAAGCAUCCACCCUACCCUCAAUCUUUAAUCCAGCCAAGAGCUCAGCUCUGCCGUAGGUGCCUCUUCCUGGUGUACAGCCUUCUCCAGUCCAGCAGAGGAUCGAGCUCAGUCUCCAAAAUCCUCUAUGGAUGUUGUAGCUCAACCUUCAGUACAUCAUGAGGUGACAGUUUCACCUCUAAGUUCAGGUGAAGCUCAGCAUACUGUGCCUGUCACUGUUAAUUUCAGAGCCCCCUAAGAAGAUUGAACCAUCUGCAACUGAGAAGGCGGUCUCAGCUCAUCCUCCCAAAGUCCACUGACGAGGUCAUACUUCCAUCCCAGCUCAGCCUACUUCUGAGGUUGAUGCUACUGUAUUGCAGUUGACUGCAGCUGCCCCAAAGCACCCUGAGGGGACACUUCCACUUCCAGGGCCUGUGCAUGCUCAGCAGCCAACCUUUCGAUGUUUGGACCUGGAGCUAACUAUCCCUCCCGAGUGCUUUACUUCCAAAUGAGUACUGUUCAUGAGUGUGUCACAGUUGGUGCAUUAGGUUUCAUUAGGUUUCAAAUGCUCUUUACCACGAGGUUUAAACUGGCUUUGUAUGCAUUAGGUUUCAGUUAUCUUAUAGGGCAAUUAUAGAUAUAUUUUCAUUUUGUUUGUUUUUGCAAGUUUAUAAAAAGAGUAUAAAUGA